CCAAACACAGACGACGGGACGUUCAUUCGCUGCCUGGAAAAAACAGAAAUGAUGAUGUUCCCGCCCAGAGUGUGAGGGAAUGUUAAGGAAAGGCGCAUUCAGAGUUUAGGAUCGCUAACACGCAGGUGAAAUAUUUAAAAAAACAACAACCUGACAGCACUUCGUUUUAACUUCAAAAACUUGGAUAUAUUUUAAAAAGGACUCUAAAGGGCUUUUAUUUGAGAAAGCGGAGAAACGUCAAGGAUAAAUCAUUUCAGAAGCCUGAUCGUACUGUUGGAAGUUUUUUUUCCUCUACAAAAACCUUUAAGUUGUUUUGAAUUAUGUAGAAACCCAAGAUGAGCAUCUCGCAGGACAAAUAAUCGGUCCUCCAUGAGUCAUUAUGUGUGAAGCAGUGGAUCCCUUGUCCAACUUCACUGGAAGCUGCUAAUCGACGCCAUCUGCUGUUCAAAAGCGGACUUGGAGAGCGUGUGGAAAAUGGAUGACGAGCUUGAACCUGGAAUGAAUGAUGUUAUAGUUAGCCACUACAACCACUCAGGCAAGUGGGGAAGACCAAGAAGCACUGGUAUGUGUAAGACGGCCUUCCUGAUGUGCAUCUGUGCUCUGAUCGUGAUUGAGAACAUUACUGUCCUUCUGGCACUAUGGCGCAACAAGCGCUUCCACAGCCGCAUGUACUUUCUCAUCGGCAAUCUGGCACUUUCUGACUUGUUAGCUGGAGUGGCAUAUGUGGUCAACAUCUUCACCUCCGGCCGUAAUACCUUUUUCCUCAGCCCUGGCCAGUGGCUGCUGCGAGAGGGGAGUAUGUUUGUGGCACUUAGCGCUUCGACUUUUAGCUUGCUCGCUAUUGGGAUUGAGCGCCACAUGACGAUGGUUCGUUUGCGGCCUUGUGAGACCGCAGGAAGGGGAAGGUUACUAGCUCUCCUGGGAGCCUGCUGGGCAGUUUCAGUUCUCUUGAGUGCCUUGCCAAGCCUCGGUUGGAACUGUUUGGACCGAGUCCACACCUGCUCCACUGUCCUACCACUGUACGACAAAAGCUACAUAGCUUUCUGCAUCAGUGUCUUCACAGCCCUCCUAGCAGCAAUUGUAGUCCUCUAUGUGCGCAUCUACCAACUUGUGACAUCUAGUGGGCGAAGAGUAAGUUCUCGUCCAUCAGAUCGGUCGCUCGCUCUUCUGCGCACAGUAGUGAUAGUACUAGGGGUUUUUGUGGCAUGCUGGGCUCCUCUUUUUUCACUACUGCUGCUUGAUGUGGGAUGCAGUCCAGAGCAGUGCCCGAUUCUCUACAAGGUGGACUGGUUCAUCGCUCUGGCUGUGCUCAACUCUGCUCUCAACCCACUGAUCUACACGUUUUCCAGCAGAGAAAUGCGAACUGCUUUCCUCCGUGUGCUGUGCUGUUGUCAAACCUCACUGGACUCUAUGCCAACAGUGGCAGGGACGGCACUUCCGGGAAUAGUCAUACAUACCGCAGAGAACAGCAAAUCUAGCAUGGCUGGAGCAGGUAGUGGUGCAGCCAAGUCAUCAUUAAUGCAAAGUAAAGUUCCCACUCCGUCAAACUCCCACCAUCAGGAUCCUUCACAAACGGCUGUCACACACUCCUCAGGCCCAGGUAACCUGCUAUCUGCGGUGCUGGUUAAAGCUGGGGCUCUUCCCGCUUUGGGGAAGUUCUGAACUACGACACUACCGGAAUCAGCUCAAAAGAGCAGGGAUUUAGUUAGUCCUAAGACGUUUGGCGAUGGUUCCUCUGUAAUCAUGAGCUAGUCUUCAGUUCCUUAAGGAUUACAAAGCUUUUCUACAAAUGAGGUUUCAAAAGGACAACAGACUUGACUGAACAAAUGCUGACCAAAGGAUAUAGAAACUGAAUUAACGUCUACGUGUAUUAAUAUUUAUGAGCAUGUGCAAUGAGCACCUAACAGAGCCACUACAGAAUGUAAUCAUUUGAAAAGCUUAGGUGUGCAAUCUUUUUGGUAUUAAAGUAAACCAAUUUGCAAAACGGUAUAUUAGCUUUUCAUGAAGAUGAAAAUGCCUUAACAGUAUUAUCUGCAUUAUUUUAGUACUUCGUGCGUAUGACUGACCUAACAUAUUCUCACUAGACAAAAACAUUUGGAAUAGUUUGCUGUUACACAAGCUAGCUGUAAUACUCCUAUCACAUAACAAACUGAGAGUUUUUUAGACUGUGGAUCAGGGGUGUCAAAACUCAGUCCUGGAGUCCUGCAGAUUUUAGCUCCAACACAUCUGCUAGGAUGUUUCCAGAAAGCCUGAAGAGCUUGAUUAGCUAGCCCAGGUGUUUCUGAUUGGGGUUGGAGCUAAACUUUGCAGCACACCGGCCCUCCAGCACUGAGUUUUGCCACCCCUGCUGUGGAUGUUUACGGAUAAUAUUCUGUGGAGCAGUUUACAAGCCAGAACGUAGAACGUGGUGGUUUUGUUGUGAAUGUGUUGACAUUUUGCUUUUGUAUCUUACAUAAUACUGUCAUAAGAUUUAAAGUGUGGGUUUAAUAUGUCAGUGUGAAGGACUUGUGUUGAGACUGCCUUGUUUGUGUUACUUUUAUUUGGAUUAAACCACUAGAGGGAGCUGUAGUAUCACAUUGAAACACUGCGAAUGUGAGGGGAAUGCACAAGAGUAUUCCGAGCACUAUAAUUUACAGUCACUUGGUAGAUGCAUCAUGGUAGCAUAAUAAAUGGGUUUGCUUGUGAAAAAUCAUGAUAAAUGGCACCAAUUUUUGAGCUCUACAGCAGUAAAUACCACAGCUGUGCGUAAUUGUGCUAGUUUGGGAUAUUAUGGACAGCUCUCUUAAAGGGAUUCUGCAGGUUCAAUGCAAGUUAUGCUAUUGUGGUGUAAUGUUGACUGUGUGGAAAAACUGCACACCUUUUCUGAAAGUAACACAAACAUUAACACUAUGAAUGCUUUAACAACAUAAGUUGAGAGAAUGUAUCAUAUAAAAUACAUGUUUAUGAAA